ACCGAGAGCAAGAGGAAUUGAGAUUGUGUAUCAGCACAGCAUUCGUAUCAUAUCGAGCAGCAACCAUUCAGUAUUGCUUGAACCGUCGUCGCAAAGUGUUGAAGCUUGGCUCUGCUGUUGUGACAUUAAUUAAAUGCACAUCGUGUGUUUGUUAUCCCCUCAGUCAUUUCAAAUAAACAAGCCAACAUAAAAACUUUGCGGCAAAAAUAUCGCAACACACACACACAACUUAGACGAGACUGAGACACUGGGAUAAAAAACAGGAAGACGACAAAAGAGAAGAAGGGGAAAAAAAUAUGAAAAUGAACAUAAAAAUAAGCAAAAGCACCGCUGUAAAGAAUUGCCAAUAAGAAGUGUACGACGGCGCCGACUACGAUGACAAGUGCAAAAUAGAAGACGAAGGAAAAAAAAAUUGUAUUUAUAUACAGCAUACAGUAAGCAGAGAAGUGAAAAUAUAAUGCACAAAAAACGCCUUUCACACAAUAAAAAAGAGCACGCCGUAGCUGUUGUGUGAAACAAUCAAUGAUAACCCUUGUUUAUUGAAGAGUCGUAUGAACAAAAGUUGAAAAGUUGUUUGGUUCGUGGUGUGCGCGUUUGUGGAUAGCAACAAAAAAAAAAAAAUAAACGAAUAUAUACGAGAAGAAAUAGAGAGAAAAAAAACAACGUGAAAUUGUGUCGAUUUUCAUUCCAACCGCGCUAGCUGUGAGUGUUGGGUCUUUGAUCGCAGUCAAACAUGUUUUCAAUGUGUUCAAAAGCUGCCCCGCAAACGCCAUCCAAUUUACAUCAUCAUGGUCCGGUGGGUAAACAAAUCAAAGGAGGAUACCUUUUACGAUAUAAACGACAACUGCUAUGGAAUCGAUGGGCUGAAGAAUGGGUUGUGCUGUAUGAUGACUCAACAAUGGCCUGGUUCACCGAGCCAGGCAGAUCGUCGCCGGUCGGCAAGAUAUUGGUAAAAGAGGCCCCUGAGAUGUUGGCAAUUGCUCAGUGGACGGGACAAAUUCCAAAGCGUCCUCCAUUGCCCGAUGGAUGUAGCAUAUCGCAACUGAUCGCUGUGGGUUCAAGGCGAAAAAGGUCAAAAGUUUAUUGGAUGCUCGCACGAUCCGAAGCAGAAGUCAACGACUGGAUUAAUGCGAUUUCAAAAACGCUGCCACCAGCGCCACAAAUAGAGCUUAUUAUUGAUAAAUCCCAUAUAACUGGCGUGUUACGACGGCCACUAGUCCGGAUAAGACCUGCUACGAAUUCCGAAGUCUCGUCUAGACGAAGUAAUCGUGAUGCUGUGCGUUAUGCACAGAAUAUACGUAGUGAUGCGGCCGUUGCUAUACUAAGCAAAAGUACACAUGAUUCCGAUACAAGGGCGACAUUAGCAUGCGUUCUACCUUGGGGACAUGGUUUUGGCUGGGCAACACUACCGAAUGGCAUUUGGAGUGGUGGGUUGACUUGGACACAAUGUGAAGAUACGUUCACGUUGCACGCUCUGCCAACAACACACUGUACGAAUUUAGUCGAAACAUCGCAUGCCGGCAUCUAUCACACUGAUAUCGGUGCAUUUGAUUUCCAUACAAGCGGCAUUGAAGAUUUGGGCGGCGAAGAUUUCGACUAUGCCAUGGACUGUGGUGACUUAGCGAUAUUUUAAACAAUGCCAUCUGAAGACAGAAAAUACACAAACACAAUCAUUGUCGUCGUCAUAUGUUCAUCGAAUAGAAUUGAUUACGUGUCUGAAUAAAAAGAAAAUAUUCUGAUUUUAAAUAGCUGAAUCGUUGAUGCAAUUGCGAUUGCCGGUGAAUCAGUGGAGCUAGUCAUUGUUUUUAAUGAAGAAAUAUACUUUAGCGCCAAAAAAAUAUCUAUGUUUUUAAUGUUUGCCCAACGCAUGAACGAUAUAUUUUGCAUAACAUAAGCACAAAGGAAUGCCGGCGAUGAAAGUAAAUUUAAAGCGCAGACACUUCGGAUUGAAUUGCUGGAGUUGGAUAUGUCGAAUGAAAGUGAAAAACCCAACGCUGUGAAGCACAAUGUUAUUAUAUUCAACAGAUCCUAAACCUUUCAGAGUUCUGUUUGUCCCUAUCGGAAGUUCACUAACAUGAAUCAUAAAUGACGUUUGAAAUGCCAUUUUUGACAAAUACCAUUUCCAAUAUUUGGGUAAACCUUGUGACAAAAUCAUUUAAUCAAAUUUCCAAACUCUACCGUAUAGAUGCCGCUAGAGCAUCAUUUGCUGAAUAUCUUCCAUUUAUGAUUCAUGUUGUUGGAAAAACCAAACAUACACACAAUCCGAUCGGCUAUCGAUCACACCAUAGAACAUUAUUAUGAGCAUUUUAUGUGUAUUUUGAUACUUUGACAUACAUUGACAUUUAGUACGAACUACGCUCGUAUCACACACACACACAACACUUGAAUCACGGUCAAAGCGAUUACGCUAAGUACUCAAGCCACGAAUUAAACAUAACAAAAGGACAAACAAACAAACAAAAUAUAGGAGAAAUAUUCUUUUUAUAUUGCCCACUUUACGUAAUUUUAUUUUUCGAAACAAAAAAAUUUGUCAUAUUCCGCCAAUCGUUUGAUUUUGAAUUGAAUAUAUGGUUUAUGCGUUAUGUAUACGAUUUAAAAAGAGAGAAAAAAAACUAACUAUGAACAGAAGAAGAAUUCAAUUGAGCUUUGCUUUAGAUCUGUGAACAUUUUUAAGAAUAAGUUAAACAAAUCGAUAUAAUUUAAUCAAAUCCGUAUUAAAAUCUAGUCUUUUUUUUCUCUCUCGGAUGAAUGAAGAACGAAAAAAGUGUUGAAAACAAUCAUCAGGUGUUUGUCGUUGGUGUUAACUACUGCUUAUUUUUGUUUCCGUACAACUUGUUCUCCCUGCCGCCAAUCCAGUUCUCACAAGCACACACAUUAAUCUCGCAAAUUGCGUAUACAUUAAAAGUGCUUCAACAGCGUGAAAAACAAACCCGAAGAAAGACAGAGAUAGGGAGAGAGAGAGAGAGAGAGAGAGAGAGAGAGAGAGAGAGAGAGAGGAGAGAGAGAGAGAGAGGAGAAUGUAUGAAAAACUGGUCUCGAUUAACAACGACAUGCACCUGCACACUCACCGAUAACUUAGCGUAUGAGCAGUAAACACGUAAAUCAGAAGAAAAAAACCUAUUUCUAUCAAAAUUCAAUUACAUUUGUUGUUUGACGAAAAGAUUAAAAAAAAAAUUACUGUAAAAAUACCAAUUCAACAAAUGAUACUCAGAGUGUAAGAAAAACACCAAUGACAAUAUAAUUACCGCAACGCGAGUACGCAAGUCAUUUCAGUAGGGAUUUUUUUUUAGUGAUAGAUACAUACAUGCAACACACAUGGCUCAAGUCGAUUUUUUUUUUACUCUCUGGAGGUGAAAUAAUAGAAAGAUAGAAUAUAUAUGGCAAACAAACUUGAUUUUACGUAGAAAAAAAACACACACUCACAUAAUUCGCUGCAUUUUAGCAAGUAUUUGUUGUUUGAGCGCCGAACCGAAAAUGACUGGAUUAGUAAAUAAUUUCUGCGGCAAGUCUUUUGAAACUCGCAAAACGAUUUUAUUUUUUUCAUUUUCAACAAAUCGCACGUAAUACGUAUUGCGACUGAGAAAAAAAAAUGUCACACUUUUGGUUAAUUAAUUCGAUUUUAUACGCCAAAAACUUAAUUCUUUCGGAAGAAAAAAAAACACAACACACACACAUUGUGUUGGGACCAUUCUUCUUCGAAAUUAUUUAUUCCUUAGUUGUUUCCUGAUGACGAAACGUAAGAAAAACAAAAAUGAGAAGAAGAAAAAAAACACGCAAAACCUUCUCCAUGGCGUGCUUUUAUUGUUGGGGCUUAUUAUUCAUGUGGAUCGACAUUCAAGUCGAAUGAUUCGACGUAGAGCAAAGGGAACAGACAUGUUAUCCAACAGUUAUACACAUAUAUUAUUAAAAAUUGAUACAUUUGACUGAGUGAAAGGCACAGAUAGAGAGACUCCCAAUUCGGUUGGAAGAGAGAAAGAAAAAUAGAGAUGAAAAUAAGGAAAGAUUGAAGGAGAGUGUUCUGUUAAAAGGGCCACCAUAAGCCACACACUGUUCACAAAUUGCUACUAAUAUGCUAACAAUCACGAGCGUGAAACACUUCAUGCUUCCGAAACAUUUCACCACCACAAUUCCUGUGCAAGGGGUUUGAUAAUGUGUCUUGAACUGGGGAAAAAAGCACAUCAACGCACACCAGCGAAUCAAGAUACUUCCUAUUCUGUAAAAUCUGUGAAUUCAUUCUUGUUUUGUUUCGCCAAAAAAACGUCAGUUACGUUCUUCGCAUCGGUUGUUUUCAAUGCGAUUCGGGCCGGGUUUUUGUUUUUCCCGGUCAAUUUGCAAUGUGCGAACGAAAAAUGUGCCAAAUCAUCAGCAUUUGGCAGCCCCCGUAAAAUGUACGAUUCGUUCCAUUCAAUUAUUCAUUCGUCUGUUUAUAGCUCGCAGCAGCUCGAACGAGAGCAAAAAUUGAUGCGUAUGUAGAAUGUGACCUGAACUCUCGGCGCCUACGAAGCAAAAGAAAGAAAAAUUAGCACGCAUAAUAAUCAAUAUAAAUUGAAUUAGUUUUUUUUCUCAUCAUCUCUUUUGUCUCGUUCAGAGAUUUUAUUUUUUCUUCUCGGAUUUGCGUAUAGAAUGCAAUCUCAAUGAUUUCAUUCUGUUUCUUUUCUGUUGAUGCUGUUCCGAGCAUGUUGAGUGGAAAUAUUGCCAAAUUUGCUGGAAAUAUGAAAAUUCCUGAAGUCGCAACCGAAUAGACACUGAAAAUCACCUGUAAUAAUAAUGAAUCUAGUGUCGACAUGAAAAAGCUUUUGCACACAUUAACAUUUAUGCCGUGCGAAUUUUAGGUGAGCGAAAACGAUUGUGCGAAUGAGAACCAAAGGAUUGACGCGAUACCCGAAUUUAAAUGUUGAUUCAUUGCCGAAAAAAGUGAAAGCAAUAAUUUAUUUAAAUCCGACAUUCAAUUCAUUGAUUGCAGGUCAUUAAUUGAAUUGGUGAGGGGGAAUUUUUCGCAUUUUCAUUUGAACACAUUUGAAUCAAACAACCCCGAAAAUAAAAUUGAAUGUUGUGAAUAUCCCUAUAACAAUAUUACUUCGGCUCGCAUCUUUGAGCCAGCCAAAUACCGUGUACUUGCAGCCGGAAUAUUUAGACGUUGGGCCUAGCGAAUAUAUUACAUUUAACUAGUGUGAUGUGAUCAAGCUGUGGUCAAUGUGUGUGCGAAAUGGAUGUUUUUGUGCAAAUAUUGAUUCUCUACAAUCUACAUGUACACGAGAUUGCUAAAACUAUCCAUACGAAUUUGUCAAACGGAAUAGCUUUUGAAAAGCGAUUUUCGAAGCUAAAUUGGAAUCAAAAAUACAGAAUUGCCUAUUAUUUUCAUUUUCGCAUACGGAAUGCUAGAAUCCAUUUGCUUGGAUUCAUACAAACGAGUGGCGGUCAUAACGCCCCGGAUGGACAGCAUGCUUUUGUGUUUCUAUUACAUUAGAGUAUGCUGUCCGUCCGAGGCGUUAUGGCCGCCACUCAUACAAACACACAAACAUUUUUUCAUAAAAUAUUAAAAGCGGUUGCGGAUCUUAACGACGACGACAACAACAAUUAAAUGUUGUGCUAUGUUGUGAUCCGUGCUAGCCUAAGCAAACACAACCCCAAAAUCGUACAAAGCCAAACAUGAUAUGGAAUGUCCAUGGGCUGAAUGGUCAAACUGCAUUAAACUUUAAUAUCCGUUUUGAGUUUUACACUUAUUUUUGUCCUAAGUCUACAUGAAUGGGUCGCAAUUUAAUUGUAACCUAAUCCAAACAGCAACAGCAUCCGCUUAUAGCACCUAGUCGGUACACGCGCGUGUGUGUAUUCCGAUUGUUUUUCCUCCUUCUGGUAUGUUUUUAUGUUAGCUAUUCAAAUCACCGCCAAAGACAAUCGAUUAAAUAUUGUCCAUUUUCUUUUGAAGUGUUUUUCUUCUCGAUUCAUUUGCCGUCAAGAGGAAUUCCGUUAGAUGUGAGGGUGCGUGUCAAAUGGCGCUCCAUUCAUCCUAAACCUUUAUUGUCUGUUUUGUAACGAAUGUCGAACUGUAUACGAGAAAAGCAUACAAUUUAGCCUAACAUCCAAAAAGGACGAACAUUAUAUGAGAUUCAGCGCUAAAAUUCCUUAAAUAUUCACGAAAGUAGUCGUUGUAACCAAGGCAAAAAUCAAAGAACAAUCUGUUCGCAUUAAAUCAUUUGGAUUCAAUAAUCUGAUCCCAAUUUCUGAUGAUAGAUGAAACCAACACCAUUUGAUACGGCUCCCCUCCCCCAUUCCCCAAUAUUGAAUGUGUACAAAUAGUUUUAACAAAUUAGUCGUGUGUUAAUGAUGAAACAAUGAUUAAACAAGAAAAAGAAAUAUGCGAUACCUGUCUAUGCACUCUGAAUAGAAAAUCAGCGUAAAAAGAAAAAGAAAAGUAAAAUGGAUUCGUUCAAUACAAUACCAUAUAAUAAAUAGAGACAAAAGUAAGUAUUUGAUGUAGGGUUCAAAACUGCGUUAUUGAUGACAAAAAUUAGUUCACGUUGAAAAUCGUAUUGAGUGUUUAAAUAAAUUAAUAAUAAUAAAAACCAGAGUCCCCAUAACUUUUUAUAAUAGAAAUCGUUUAUUGGUCGUUGCGUUAUUUCUAGAAUCCAUUUGACAGUGAGUGUUGUAGACAUCGUAAAUCGAAAACUGAAAUGAUUAGGUGAAAACAUACGACAAACAAAUAAAAUUUAUGAAUAUGUUUACGUGACAAAGAAAUAAAAACAAAAGAUGUUAUUCAAACUAAUUGUUAGUGUAAAACAUGUAACGGUAGCACAACGUCGUGUGAACUAAAUGAAAUACCCCCCCCCCCCCCCCACACACACACAUACAUACACACAAAACAAAUCAUAUUUUUAUGUAUAAUCUACACUCUAGACGUAAAUGUGUUUUAGUAUAAAAAAAAACUGAAGUUCAAAAAUAAUCUUAAAUAUUUGUUGAAAAUCCAUGAGGAAUUUGGUAGAUGUGAUUAUGAUGAAGAAACUGAAGCCAAAGAAAUGACAAAGUAUAACAAACCAAAAAUGAAGAAAAAGAGAAAAAAAAGACCCUCACAUAGUUUUAACAAAGUAUUUUAUUGAAAAAUCGCUGGCCGAUUUUAUUUCCACUGAACACGGUCAAACGGUAUACUUUAUGGAUGUCGACGCUCCAGAGAGAAUAAAUAUAUUUUUUGCUCAAAUCAGAAAUUAUAUUAACUAAAACCAAACUACCCAUCCAUGUGAAGAAAAAUACACGAUCCCCUAAUGCGAAUUUACGUACCAUGUUUGAGUACAUGGUAUUUUUUGAACCAGAUAAAGCAUUAACUGACUAUAAAUUUGAUGUCUAUGUAAGUUUUGAUUAUAGAAUAAAAAUUGAACCAAAAAAAAAAUUUGAAUUGAAAAAAAGGCAAACAAGUUGAAAAUGCUUAGCAUAAUUUGCGAGAGAAAAAAAUCGAUAGAAGAAAAAAAAACAUUUGCUUUAGACAUGUAUUUAGAAAACAAAACCAAAUAUAAACCACGAUGUUUAAAACCAUUUAUGACCUUAAUUCCCUCAAACGAAUAAAAAUGCGUAAUACGCACAGAGAUAAAAGAAGAAAAAUUCGACAUUCAUGUAUUUUAUGUAGAGUUUUGAAAUUUUAGAUGAUUGAAUAUGUGUCCGAUAUAUGAUAUAUAUAUGUGCGCUUCGGAAGCGCAUCAAAACAUUCACAACACACACACACACACACAAACAAACUCAAAUGUCCAUAACUGCAUGACAAUGUGAAAACCAUUAGGCAUUUAUAAUUGUUUAGUGUUCGUACGAGAAAUGAAUAUAAAAAAUUGAUAUUUUUAUAAGCUGCUUUUAAACAUGAACAAAUAUGAAAUGAAAACUAUCUCAAAAUAUGCAUUUGUAACAAAGUUUUAAGUUUUUUUUUCUAUGCCAAAAAUACAAGUGAUGAACGAAUGAAAUCGGAUAGAAGCGUUUUGCCAUGUGGAAUAAAGAGAGGAGCAGGAGUAGCUACUAUCUGUGAGCCAAACGUCGAGAGCAUGAGAGAGAGAGAGAGAGAGAAAUAUGAUGAUGAGCAAUUUCAUUAUUCCAGUUUUGCUUUAUUUCGCGUGAAUAAACGGAUGCAUUUUCGUUUGGAAAGUGUGUCAAUGUGGUAAAAUUGGCGAAAUUCAUAUUUUUGAUGGUGAAAAAUGCUUUAUUAUGUCAGUGUGAUUAUACAUAAAUAUGUAUGAAAUGGCAAUGUAUGUGAAUAGAUUGCACAGAUUGGCAAACAACAACAGCCGAACAAGGGAAAAAAAUCCAAAUUGAAUGGAGUAAUCGAGAUUAGGCAUAAUGCAUCAUUCGAGUAUCUGGAGCAUUGAACACAGUGCCAAGCCAGUAGCCGACUAUUCGGAAAUUCACGUAAGACUCAAAAAAAAAAACUGGGUGAAAUAGAAAUCUAGCACAAAAGUACUAAUAAAACCAUUAAUAUUCGUCGUGUGAAAAAGUUUAGAAAUGAAUUUAAGCCAACAAAGCAGAUAAACAAAAACAACAACAAAAACAACAACAGCAACCAAUGAUUGAAUAUGAUCUUAGACGCUACGUUCCAUAUGUCCCACCAACCAAUAAUUAUGUUUGUUAUACCGUGUUUAAGAUAUUUAAAAGAAAAUAAUAAUUAUUAAAAAGAAAAACAACAAUAAUAAAUUUGUAAACGAAAAUGUUCAUCUCGAGAGCACGACGUUACUCACAAAAUAUAUAGCAUAUAGCAGAUGCUGAAUUUAAGCACUACAAAAGGCGCAAUCAUGUUUUUGAUGUUAAAAUUUAGAAGCAAGUCUAUUAUAAACAUUUACAAUACCAAAAAAUGAGGUCAAAUGAAAGUGUUAUCAUUUUCCCAAACAUAUUAUCAACGUUCUCCCCCCCCCCCCCCUACAAACCAGUUUCAAUGUUCUUCGACCACAUACACACACACACACACUUGACUUAUCCAAAACAAAAAAACCUACCCCUUUAUUUGCAUUGAAAAUGCCUUCCCUUCAAACAAAAAGUGUCUUCCCUUUUUCCAUAAAAAGAACAAAAUGCAAGGAGCGGAUUUCCGCCUCCGAGUGUCAAGUAGAAACAGAUCGCACAAAUUUCAUUGGGAAAUGUUGCUUCUCUUCUUUUUCGACGGCAACAACUUUUACCCGGCUCAUCCUAUUAAAAUAGAAUCUAAACAACACUUUAUGUAACCUUCUUUUCGUUAAGAUGUGUACCCUGAUUUAGGCCAAACAUAUUAUUAUAACUACCCGAGAAAAAAGAAACUAUUCAACAUUCUCCAAAAACCGUCAAACUAAGCUACAAAGCGUCAUUAGUCUUUAUUAUCCUUUUUGAUCGUACAUAAAAAUGCGGAAAAUCGUUUGCCAUUCUGCGUCGUCUGCACAUUCAUAAUUGACUUGUGAACGAAUUGAGCAAAUGACAAGUCAAACUAUAAAUUGGCCCACUAUAAAUACCAUACCAUCUCAAAACUAUUUCCAGCUCAGAAAACGGUCAUGGCGAGUUACAAACUGCUCAAUGCUUACUCCGCACAAAGAGAAAAAAAAACACAAGAGAGAAGAAAGCAGCAAAUAUAAUCCAAAGAAAAAAGUCGAUUGCGACUGUGCAGAUCCAUAGAUAACGAUUCGAAUUCUUUUUAUACGACAUAACAAACAAUAAGGAUCAUAAAUGUACGUUAACAUGAAUCAAAACCAAGAAACUUUAUUCACUGGAAAUCGCUUUUUGACGGUUUUUUUUGAGAAUUUGGAGAUUGAGUGAAUAGAUCCGUGUAAAUGUUUCAAAUAAAUAACGAACAAGAGAAAUGACGAAGAAAAAUUUUGAAGAAGAAGAAAAAAAACACCCGAAAUCAAUUUGAAAUAGUUUUUAAUACCGUGUGUUGUCAAUGCAAUCAGCGAAAAAUUUGGAACAAUUGCACCUCCAUUCCAGCAUUAGAUGCAAACACUAUUUCAUAUGUAAUUGUAUACAACAAUAAAAAAAAACUAUGUAUUAAAUGUGUUUCCAGUUCCAGAAGUAGGCGAAUCGAAUCCAAAUUUUAUUCAUUCGGCUGAAAACACUUACGUUUGACAUUAUUUAAAGAGAUAAAAAACAACAACAAUCCAACCAAAACAUAAAACUGUGUGAAAAUUAUUGAAAUGUUUUAGUAUAUAUGUUAGUCCAAAACUAUUCAAACAAAUCAACCGCUACAAUCAUCCAAUGAAUAAACCAACCCAAAAUGUGUUCAAAUCUAUAGCACCGAGAGUAUAAAACAGGAAGAAUAAAAAAGAGAAGAAGAGGAAACAAAUCAGUCAUAAACUUCAUUAUGAAAUUGAUAAACUUUUAACCAGAAUGAAAAAGAAUCCAACCGAAGAUGAAGAAGAAGAAGAAGAAGAAGAAGAAGAAGAAGAAGAAGUGAACAGACAAAAAAGACAAAA